UUGGAGGCCAUCGUAAUAUGAGGAGAUAGAUAUUAGCAUGCCAGAUGCCGGCGGUGCCAGCCACCGGUGGAUGCCGCCGCCGCGUCGUCGCCAACGACGACGCAGCAUGUCCAUACGACGCAACAUUCAUCCUUAAAUCAUGACGCAAUUUGGAAUAGGUUCAGUUGGGUGGCCAUCUAACAUAAGUUUUUUUAAACAAUUUAAAACAUUCACAAGCUUUGCGUUCGUGAGAGGAUUUUGCCUUGGCCGUUAGAACUGUUAUACAACAGUGCCAGUUAAUUUCGCCUUGUAGAAACUACAUAAUAGCAAUCGAUGGCUGUCGGGUCGGACAUGUGCGUGCGCGGAUCCCGAUAAUCGGUGAUCGUGUUAUCAGUCCGCAUGUCCGGAGCGAGGUGCGGGCGCAGGCCUACUCCAACUCCAGUCCAAUCCCAGGACGCGACGCAAACGGCUGGAUGCAACCUCAUCAUCCCGCAUCAGCGAGAUAACUUCCUUAGUGCCGCAUUGUCCGAAUAACAGGCCGGCUUUAUACCAGCAAUAACAAAUAGUACUAGUACAACUAAUGGUGUCUGUGGAUAAAGAUAGUGAAAAAUAAAGGCAAAAUGUUCUUUGACACCAGCGGGCCUCUGCUCGAAGACGCUUUCUUAAGUGAUCCCAUCCUCUUCGAGCACUCACCACCAGCGAGUCUUGUCAACUUUGAGAUACCAACGUUUGAAUCAGAUGACGACUGGCAACUUAGAGACUUGGACAUACAGUGUGAUGCAUUCGUCGGUGAUGCCGCGGAUAUCAGCAAAGAAGACUUUAAUCUGGCGGGAAAUACACCUGUGUUCGAUUUCGAAGAUUUAGACGAGAGUAUAAUUGACGUGUACUUAUUAGAAGCCUUAAAUAGUGAUUUAUCUAAUGACUCUCCACAGUCGGGAAUAGAUUCCGCUGGUAGUAGUGAAUCUUUAUACGUGUUGGAUACGCAUGACUAUGAUGUUGUACCAUAUGGACCAGAGUGGAUCGGCAAACAGACUGCCGAGAGCGAUAUAGAAAGGGUUAAUUCAAAAAUGAAGUCUUGGGGAGAACCUAAGUUUUGUGCUGAAUUGGGAGCGUUCCGUUGCCCAGUGGAGGAGUGCGGGAAGUUGUACGCUAAAGCGUCGCACGUGCGGGCGCAUUUGCGGCGCCAUAGUGGUGAGAAGCCGUACCGGUGUACGUGGGAGGGCUGCAUGUGGCGAUUUGCGAGGUCAGACGAGUUGGCGCGUCACCGUCGCAGCCAUUCGGGGGACAAGCCCUACGGCUGUACUGAAUGUGGCAAACGGUUCGCUCGUUCCGACCAUCUUUCGAAACAUGGCCGUGUCCACGAACGCCGGCGCCGUGCCGCUGAGGCUGUAGCUGCCACUGCUUCACUUGCAGCAGUCAACAGACAGAACACAAUCCGUGUGACAAGAACACGGAGAAUAUCGUGAUUUAUUGCUGAACUGGAGUAACUACUUAAAUUUAUAAUCUAUGGACAGAAAUUAAGACUGUUAUAGUAAGUACGUAAUACAUAAAGUACAAUUUAAGUCAGAAAUUUGUGCGAGCCGCCGGUUAGUAGUAUGUUGUAUGUAUAAGAAAGAAUGAGUCAUAUAAUAUGUAAUAAUUUCAAAAUUUUAAGAAACUAAGUAUAUACCUAGUAAUAAAACUGAAAUUUUGUUAUUAUUUAUUAGUA